ACAAAAGUUUAUUAUGUGCUGAUUUCAUCUCGACACAGAGGAUCAGUGUGUUGUCAUACUGCGAGUUCUCGGAGACUCCAGGUUUGAUUGUGUUAAGGCAGCAGACGGCCGCUAGAUUCUCAAGCAUGAGUGUUGAGCAGGUGUCGCUGUUGCUGCAGGAGUGUGUGCGAUGUGCACAGAGUGAACACAUGGAACCCACGGAGCUGCUGCUGCUCCACCGUGGGCAGUUUCCGGAUGAUCUGAACGCACUCCUGCAGGACGCGGCUGACAGAAAGUGGCCGUUUGUGGAGGAGAAAUGGCAGUACAAGCAGUCGGUGUCGUCUGAAGACAAGAUCAACUCAUCAGAGCUCAUCAGGGCGCAUCUGCAGGACUUACUGCUCUUCCUCAGAGACUGUAUCGCGGCCGAUGAUCCGGGUUUGGCUGCCGCUGUGCUGUUUCUGCUGGACCGUCUUCUGUACUGGAUGGACGGCUCACAGAGCCUGCUGAAGGUUGCUAAAGCAUUGCACAAACGUUAUCCAGAAGUUCCCAUUGCUCCUCAGGUCAUCAUCCGGCAGGCUCGGGUUUACCUGAACACAGGUAAACUCAGGAAGGCAGAGUUCAUUCUCAGCAGUCUGAUCAAAAAUAAUGCUUCCACAGGCUGCUGGUCGUAUCAGAAGGCCAGUGAUCAGACUCUGGUGCAGGCCGUCUGUCUGCAGGUGCGCGGACAGGUGCUGCAGACGCUGGGUCUGUGGCUGGAAUCUGCGGAGCUCCUCUGGGCUUCUGUGAUCGGCUUUUACACUCUUCCACAGCCUGACAAGAAGGGCAUUGGAACGUCUCUAGGGCUCCUGGCUAACAUACUGACCUCCAUGAAUGAGCGAGACUUCACCGCACUCCAGAAUAAACCACAUAUUAAACUGAGUUUUCUCGGAGAGACUCGUCAUCGUCUGCUUUCUGCGGCACAGGCGGCCAAAAUGGCUGUUGUGUUAAGUCAAUAUGGAUCUCUGUACGUUCUGACCAAUGUGGUGGCACGGGGGAUUUGUUUACUGUCCUACAGUUUCUCUAGAAAGUGCCCUACUGGCGAUCAGCAUAAGUAUAUGUCUUUGGCUAAAGAGGCUUUUGAGAUCGGCUUGUUGACCAAGACUGCAGCAGAUGUGGUCACCAGUAAACUGGAGCUGCACACGUUCCUCAAAGCCGCGUACAGUUUAACUGCAACUCACCGAUGGAUGAGCGGACCAUCAGACAACAUCAUCACUGCUACUGCCGUUUGUAGACAGGCUUUGACUUUAUUUGUCCACUACUGCAAUAUAACCGAUUCCUCUUUGUGUGCUGAGAUAAUGCAGAAGAUACAACAGAUUAAGACGUUGUUGAACGUGAACCCUUUUCAUAACUCAGAUCCACUCUCGUUUAUUCCAGACAGCUACCGUUCCAUGCACAUCAAGCCAGUUUUGUUCACUCCAGAUGAUUUUAAGAAGACAUUGGAUGUUUUUGAAAAGCACCACAAGUCUGUUUGCGAGGCAUUAACAAAUGAUGCUCGUCAAGUUUCAUCCUCGACUCAUGCACAGUGUAUAACUGCGUUUCAGACGAGCACGGAGGUUCUGACUACAGAGGUUUCCACAUGCAGUCAUUCGCAUGCAGAUUCCUUCAAGCAGACUCGGUCUAAUAGCAGAAAGUUUGGUCAAAACUCUCACAACACAAGCAGUUCUGGCUCUUAUGAGCCUCUCGAUGACUCUAGUGAUGGAGGUCAAGCAGCAAACAUUGUCAGUCCAAGGAAUCAACGUAAUACUCCCAAUACCUUUAGAUACAACAAAGGUAACCAAAGUCAGUCCCAACCAAUGCAGUCGGAAGCCGGAACAUCAGAAAGCCGAAUAAGAAACCAUCGGAAGUAUCUGGGAGCAAGAACAUCUUCAAGCUCGCACAGCAAUUGCUUUUCAUGGGAAAUUGUAUCAGGACGAUCUCAAAGCAGCAUAGAAACUGAAGACGAUGCAGUUGAUCCUUUACAUGACAUCAAUAAGGAUACACAGUUUGGCGACCCCAACAUUGUUAGACACAACAAGGGGAUCCAAAGUCAAUCCCAACCAAUCCAAGAGCCAGCCACAGCUGAAGACAUUGAAGAUGAGAUGCAGAAUAUGUCAAGAAUCCAACGAAUAGAUGUUCCAAAGAAACGGGAACCAAGAACACUCUCCAGUUCCUUUGGGAGCCGCACUUCAUAUGAGCAUCUAUCAGGACAAUCUCAAAGCAGCAUAGAAACAGAGGACGAUAUUGUAGAUCCCUCACAAAAUGCCAACAAAGUUGAUGCCUAUGCACAGAGUGGUGCUUCUAACAUCCUUAGACACAACAAAGGGAUUCAAAGUCAAAUCCAGCCAAUGAAUGAACCUGCCACAACUGAAGAUGUUGAAGACGAGACACCAAAUACGUCUACUCAGCAGAGAGGUGUCCACAUUAUACGCAACAAAGGCAUCCAAAGACAGUCCCAAACAAUGAAAGAGCCCAUCUUAACAGAAGAAGUUGAAGAUGAACCACUGAAUACAUCAUCUACCCAUCAGAAUGAUACCAAGAACCUGGGAGCAAGAAUGUCUUUAAGUUCCUGUAGUAGUAGCUCUUCAUGGAAUCGUGUAUUGGGACAAUCUCAAAGUAGCAUAGAAACUGAGGAGGACGCUAUAGAUCAAGCACAGAACAUCAACAAAUUCAAUCCCAGUGCAAAGGUUGGCAGCUCCAAUAGCCUUAGACACAACAAAGGCAUCCAAAGUCAAUCUCAGCCAAUGAAAGGACCAAUAUUAACUGAAGAUGAACAGUCAAAUACAUCAGAUGCUGCAGAUUCUUCACAAAAUGUCAACAAUAUCAAUGCUAAAUCAAAAAUUGGUGAUGCCAAUGCCAUUAGACUCAACAAAGGGAUCCAAAGUCAGCCUACAGCUGAAGAUAUGUCAAGAACCCAACGAAUAGAUGUUCCCAAGAAACGGGAACCAAGAACAUUUUCCAGUUCCUUCGGGAGCCGCUCUUCAUGGGAGCAUCUAUCAGGACAAUCUCAAAGCAGCAUAGAAACAGAGGAUGACAUUGUAGAUCCCUCAGAAAAUGUCAACAUAGCCAACCCCAGUGGAAAAACUGGUGACUCCAACACCAUUAGACAUAACAAAGAAACCCAAAGUCAAUCCCAGCCAAUGAUUGAACCCAUCUUAACUGAAGAUAUUGAGGAGGAACCACCAAAUUCAUCAGAUCCUCCAUUAAACAUCAACAAAAUCAAUCCCAGUGCAAAGAUUGGUGACUCCAACACGAUUAGACACAACAAAAGGAUCCGAAUUCAAUCCCAACUAAUGAAAGAGCCCAUUUUAACAGAAGAUGUUGAAGAUGAGACACCAAAUACAUCAACUGCACAACAGAGAGACAUUAAGACAAACCUGGGACCAAGAACAUCUUUAAGUUCCUUCAGCAGUCACUCUUCUUGGGAAUGUGUAAAGGGACAAUCUCAAAGUAGCAUAGAAACUGAGGACGAUGCUAUAGGAACUAAUCAUAACAGUAGUGAGAUGAAUAAUGAUGCAAAUCUUAGUAGAAGCCCUUCGUUUUCCCUGUGCAACAGCUCUGAACUGGAAGCAUCUUUUCAAAAACUGUCCAUAAGCCCCAUCGCUGAUGCUGAAAGUCUAGAAUUGAUGCGUAAAAAGGAAAGAAAGGAUCGCGGUAAUAAAGCAUUUCCUCUUAAUGUCUCAGACAAGAUUCGUAAAUCUCAAAAUACCACAAGUGACUCAUUUGAGGAGCUGGGCUUUGAAGAUCUAUCUUUACUCGACAACCAUCAGAAAACGAGGAGCUCCAUCAAACCUUCGUCUAACGGAGGGAAUGCACCGCCAUGCAGCAACUGUUUUGAGAACUGCAUCAUGGGAAGUGAAGUUCUGACCGAGCCGGACUACAGAUCUCUGUUGGCUGGAGUUUGUCACCGAUGCCUUGUGGAACGGCUGCCGAAUAAACCGCUGAAGCCCCUGGAGAAAAGACAGCAGCUGAAGGCCUACGACGCUGUUGUCCUGAAGUACUCGAAGGCCUCAGACGAGUGGACGGGCUGUGAGACCAGUGUUUAUAUUGGGGAGCCGAUGGGAGUCCAGGGCCAACAGAGGAGAGCCGUACAGCUGCAAUACCUGCACCAGGAGCAGCUGCUCAGCAGCUAUGUAGGGAAGGAGUAUCUGAAGGAGAAAGGGCUCCAUGCUCAUCUUGAUGACGUGGAGAGGCAGAUGACUGCUCAAUACUAUGUUAAUGAGUUCAAUAAAUGCCUGUAUGAUAAUAACGUCACCACCCAGAUCUUCUUCAUCCCUUCUGAAGUGCUGCUGGUUAUGGAGAAUAAUCAUAUCAUGACAUGUUUAUCCGCGGAGCCGUACAUGUCUGGCACGUUUGUCAAGCUCACCAACAACACUAAUAAGACACAAAUGAAGUAUGAUGCUACGAAGUACGGCAUUGCGUUUGGUCAUUUCACCUAUGAGUUCUCCAAUCAUCAGGAGGUGGUGGUGGAUCUACAAGGGUGGAUCACUGCCAAUGGGAAGGGCUUGACGUACCUGACGGACCCCCAGAUUCACUCACUCAUCCGCCUGAAGUCCAGCCGCUCUCAGCAGACGGGCAUCAAUAACUUCAUCAGACACCAGCAUGGAGAACACUGUAAUGACAUCUGCAGAGCUGCUGGCCUCACACACAUUACAGCUGCAGGACACAAUUCAGGAUUAUAGCUGUAGAGCUGCAGAGGUGUGUCCAUCCACCUAUUUUAAUGCACAUUUUGGUUUAUUGCAUUUAAAAAAAGCUCAAUAGAAAUGCCAAGAUAUGCAUCAAUUUUGAAAAUGCGCAUAGAAAAAUGUAAGCACAUAACUGAGUAGGAUCAACUUUACUUUAUUUGCUGGAGUUUCUGCUUAUCAGAUGAUUUGACAGAUAUAAAUGUGUGUGUGUGUGAGGGUCUUUGUGUAAUUAAUGUUAGUUUGACAGAUGUAAAUGUGUGUGUGAGGGUUAAUAUUUCCCCCAGCACAUUAAUGUGUGUGUGUAGUCAUGUUUGUUCUGCGAUCUUCAGAGUUUUUGUUAGAUUAGUUGAUCAGCUUUGAUUUUGGUUCUGAUUAAUCUAAUCCAGGGGUCACCAAACUUGUUCCUGGAGGGCCGGUGUCCUGCAGAUUUUAGCUCCAACCCUAAUCAAACACACCUGAACAAGCUAAUCAAGGUCUUACUAGGUAUGCUUGAAACAAUUAAGCAGGUGUGUUGAGGCAAGUUGGAGCUAAACCCUGCAGGGACACCGGCCCUCCAGGACCGAGAUUGGUGACCCCUGAUCUAAUGUAUCUGCACUAUGACUGUAGGUAUCCUGCAGGGGAUGUUACUGUAAAAGAGAGAUCUGUGAGGGGUCAACUCAAUUAUGAUGGACACUCGAUAAUAGGGAUGUCAAUCUCAGUUCCUGGAGGGCCGCUUCCCUGCAUUGUGUAGUUCCAACCCUGCUUCAACACACAUACCUGCAGGUUUCAAACUUGCCUGAAGGACUCAAUUAGUCUGAUCGGGUGUGUUUAAUUAGAGUUGGAACUAAACUGUGCAGAGCUGUGAGUUUGACACUUGUGUUCUGUAAUAAUACUACUGUACAGUGGCGAAGUGCAAUUAUUGAAGCAAAUUAGCUGCAAUAUUCAAUAUGUCAGUGCAACGUGUAAAAUGGCAGUGUAUUAUAUCUUUAUUUAAAUUGUCGUUCUCCUUGACAUAACGUUGAAGUCUAAAUGAUUCAUCCUCCUGUGAUAUUUGUAUUCCUUCACAAAUAUUUCCCAUGUGAUGUUCAACAGAGCAAAGGACAUUUGACAGUAUUUUCUCUCAUGUUUUAUUCUUCUGGAGAAAGUCUUAUUAUUUUAUUUUAGCACACUGAAAGCAGUUUUGGGAUUGUUUUAAAACACUUUUAAGGUCAAUAGUAUCAGCCCCCUUAAGCGAUAUCUUCAUGAUGGUCUACAGAACAAACCACUGUUGUCAUUGUUUAUUGUAGCAAAUUAAAAUUUCAUUCAUUCAUUUUC